GCUACAGUCGUGUCUCGUCGUUUUUCGCGUACGCAUUACUGCAACAGAAACACUGCACGUCGCGGGCAACAUUAUCCAUUGCGAUUUUAAAUCCUCGUCGAGACCGUGCAGUACAUUGUAAUAAACUCGGAGCACAACACAUUUCCAGUUCAACAUGUUUUUUAAAACGAUCGUCGCGGUCGCGGUGAUCGUGUGCGCCACUGACGCAGCUUUGAAACAGAGACAAGCGUACAGUGGAUAUUCCAACGGAUAUUCUCACAAAGAUGAAAGCCACCAAGAUCUCAGCAAAGUUCCUGGUACACCGGGUGUAGACUACCCCAUUUACCACGCGGUACCAGAGACAAGUUUCAAUUGUAAAGACGUACCAUACGUCCCCGGAAUGUAUGCUAACGUAGAGACCGGAUGUCAGGCUUAUCACACUUGUCAUGAUGGUCGUGAGGGUCAUCAGGGAGCAUCUUUCUUGUGCGCUAACGGUACUUUAUUCAACCAAAAGGAAUUCAAUUGCGACUGGUGGUAUAAUGUGGAUUGUAGCAAGGCUACGUACUAUUACGAUUUGAAUACGGACCCAGCAAAAAAUCCGUUCACACCAAAAACUAAGGCCCCAGAAAAACCAUACUACCACAAGGAGCAAUCAUAUGAACCGUACUACAAACAACAAUCAUAUGACAAUUAUUAUCAAACUCCAAAAUAUUACUAAUUUUAAAUUAAUUAAUGAAAUAAAUAUUUAAACACUUA